CAAAAUGUCGAACCUCGCCGAUCCAGUUGCGUUCGCUAAGGACUUCCUCGCUGGUGGUAUCUCUGCCGCGGUCUCCAAAACAGCAGUAGCUCCCAUCGAGCGUGUCAAGCUGCUGCUCCAAGUCCAGCAUGUCAGCAAACAAAUCGCCGUAGACCAGCGCUACAAAGGUAUCGUCGACGCCUUCGUCCGCAUUCCCAAAGAGCAGGGUCUGCUCUCAUUCUGGCGUGGUAACUUCGCCAACGUCAUCAGGUACUUCCCUACCCAGGCGCUAAACUUCGCUUUCAAGGACAAGUACAAGCAGGUCUUCCUCGGAGGUGUAGACAAGCACACCCAGUUCUGGCGCUACUUCGCCGGUAACCUUGCGUCCGGUGGUGCCGCCGGAGCUACCUCCCUAUGUUUCGUGUACCCACUCGACUUCGCCCGUACCCGUCUCGCCGCCGAUGUCGGCAAAGGUGAUGGACAACGUGAGUUCACCGGUCUCGGAAACUGCAUCAGCAAGAUCUUCAAAUCCGACGGUUUGACCGGUCUGUACAGAGGUUUCGGUGUGUCCGUACAAGGUAUCAUUAUCUACCGUGCGGCCUACUUCGGUUUCUAUGACACCGCCCGCGGCAUGUUGCCCGACCCCAAGAACACACCCAUCGUCAUCAGCUGGGCCAUCGCACAGGCUGUCACCACAGUUGCCGGUAUCAUCUCGUAUCCCUUCGACACGGUCCGUAGGCGUAUGAUGAUGCAGUCUGGACGUGCCAAGGGCGAUAUCCUCUACAAGAACACCAUCCACUGCUGGGCGACCAUCGCGAAGACUGAGGGAGGUUCCGCCUUCUUCAAGGGUGCCUUCUCCAACGUCCUCAGAGGCACAGGUGGUGCUUUCGUACUCGUCUUAUAUGACGAGAUCAAGAAGCUCCUCUAAAUCUAAUGUAAGAAUUGUUACCAUAAUUUCAAUUGUGAUUUAAAAUCACCGAUAGGCACUCUCCUGAAAUCAUGUAUUAUUUAGACGCGAAAUAACAUCCUAGUAACUUAUUUUUAGUUAAAUAAAGUGUUAUACGAUGAUUCCAGAAAAAAAUUGUUUCAUUAAUAUUAUAAAUUAUUGUUACAUAAUUGUUCAACAUAGGCUGAAUGAUAAAAACAGUUUAAUGUUCUACUUUGCUUAAUUAAAAAAAUUAAAUUUAACUAUGUAAUUGUUCCAAAUUUGAAUUUAGAAUUAUAUGAAAUUCUUUUCUAUAACUGUGACAGUUAUGUAACAAGCUCACAUUAGUAUAUUGGUCAAAGUUUGAUUCAAGUUCACUGUGAACUCAUUAAAUAUCUUAGUUUAGUCGAAGUGAUAUAUUAACUGUUCUUCUAGAUUAAUCAUAACCUCUAAAUAUACAUAAAGGGAGUGAUAAGUGUAGCGACUGAUGUUGUUAUGUAAUGCUUGAAUUAAAUUUGCUGUGAAUUAUCUUAAUCAAAUGAGGGCAGCUGUUAUGUAACGCUGAUCCUGAAUGGUUAUGGGUGUGAGUGAUACUUCAUUUCUAGUGCUCAGUGUUCAGGGAUUUAUGUAACUCAGUAGGUAACAGUGAAUGUGUGAGUGGAUCGCAUUAAUAUUGUGAAUUGUUCCUCGGUGUGAGUUUUUUGAAUAAAAUUCAUACAAAACGAGUGAUUAUAAUAUGAAAAUGUUGAUAUGUGUUUUUAUUGCUGUUACCUACUUAGUUAUCCUUAAACUUUAGAACAUUACUGAUGUCUCUGUUAAGCAAGCAAUACAUAAUUAAAUAAUUGAAACUUAAAAAUCUUA